AUGCAAUCAAUCAUUGGAGUUAUCAAGCACAAUCUGCUUCAAGCCAUUCAAGCUGCAGUCCCAGUUACUGAGCCUAUCAUCGUAACACCAGCAGCUGCAAAGUUCAAAACAGACUUCAUCUCCCCAAUUGCAUUGGCUAUCUUCAACAAACACAAAAAAGAAGGCUGCUUUGGCUUUAAAAAUCCUCAGGAAUUAGCUCAAGCUAUAAGCUCGCAUAUCACCCAAAAUGAAGUAAUUCAAUCAAUUGAAGUUGCUGGAAAUGGCUUCUUAAAUAUCCACAUUCAGCCAGAGUAUUUAGCUAGUCUUAUCCACAGUAUCUCAGCUUCAGGGAAACUGCAAGUAAAUUUAAACGUUGAAAGACAAAAAGUCCUAGUUGAUUUUUCAAGCCCAAAUAUAGCCAAAGAAAUGCACGUGGGCCAUUUAAGGUCAACUAUUAUUGGAGACGCUAUAUGCAGAUGUUUAGAGUUUUUAGGCCAUGAAGUGCUAGCUUCUUUAGAUUAGAGAGGAAAACAUUUUGCUCGUUCACGGAGAUGGGCUAAUUUGCUUUUUUAAAAUUAAAAUUUUUUAUUUUAAAAAAUCCCAAUUACAAAUUUUGGAAAGGAAAAAUUUAUAAAAGUUAUGUUUUAUGAUAUAAUCUGUAUAAAAUUUAAUGGAAUUAACUAGCGACUUCGCUAUAAUAAAUUAUCAUUUAUAUAACAAUCUAUUUUAUAAAACAAUGUCAUGAUUGCUCAAGGGAAAGGAAUAAGAACUAAUCAUCUUGGAGAUUGGGGAACUCAGUUUGGGAUGCUUUUAACCUACCUUAAUGACACUUAUCCAGACUGGGAAACCAAUGCUCCUGAUAUCUCAGACUUAGAGACCUUUUACAAAGCAGCAAAAGGAAGGUUUGACCAAGAGCCAGAAUUCAAAGAAAGAUCAAGGUUAAAGGUCGUCGAUCUUCAAGGAGGCGAGGAAAACGCAAUAAAAGCUUGGAAGUACAUCUACAAAGUAUCAAGGGAUUACUUGCAAAUCAUUUAUGACCGCCUUGAUAUCAAAAUCGAGGAUUGUGGAGAGAGCUUCUAUAAUCCAAUGCUCCCAGGAAUUACUCAAGAGUUAGUAGAAAAAGGGUUUGCAGUUCAGUCUGAAGGCGCGCUGUGCUUCCAUGUGCCUGGCUUUGAAUUGCCUUUAAUGGUUCAAAAGUCCGAUGGAGGUUAUGGAUAUGAUUCUACAGAUUUAGCAGCUGCCAAAUAUAGACUAUUAGAUCUAGGCGUGAAAAGAGCAAUCUAUGUUACUGAUAUGGGCCAAAAUCCUCACUUCUUGACCAUUUUUGAAGCGGCAAAACUUAUAGGCUGGCACAGGCCACCAGAAACUCGUAUGGAUCAUGCUGGGUUCGGGGUGGUUUUAGGUGAAGACGGCAAAAAAUUCAAAACCAGAUCAGGAGAGUCCGUAAAGCUAAUCACCUUACUAGAUGAAGCCCACAGCAGAGCGAAAGAGCAGUUACUUAAAAGGUCAAAUGAGCCAGAAAUCGGCCAGCAAACCCACUUAAACCCAAGCGACUUUGAAAAUGCAGCAGAAGCGAUUGGAGUUUCAGCAAUAAAAUAUUACGAUUUAAAGCAAAACAGGAUCUCAACUUAUGAGUUUUCAUUUGAUAGGAUGCUUGAUCCUAGAGGAAACACAGCAGUUUACUUGAUUUACGCAUAUGCAAGAAUCUGCUCAAUCUUGGAUAAGGCAGGGCAAGAAGCCGUAUCUGCAGCAUUAGGAAGUCCUUGCAUACUUACAGCGUCACAAGAGAGGGCAUUAGCUUUAUGGAUUUGCAGGUUCCCAGAUACACUUGAAACAGUCAUUGAAGAACUGUCAUUGAAUAAGCUCUGUGAUCUAAUUUAUGAAGUCACUACUAAGUUCUCAGAGUUUUAUUCUAAUUGCAAAGUUAUUGGGAGCCCAGAGCAAGCUUCAAGACUGCAGUUGUGCUUGGCUACAAAAUUCAUGCUACUUGAAUCUUUCACACUUCUUGGAAUUAAGCCUUUAGAGAGGAUUUAA